GCUCUUAAGAACGUUGAUAUUGGAAUCAAUGAUGUUAAUCAGAAACUUGCAAAUGUCCUUUAUAAAAACACUACUAGAUCUCGAAAUAAUUCUUUUGAUUUUGAAACCACAAAAAAAGCUUUAGUAAAUUACAAUAUUAUAACUCUGGAUUUUGAAAAUAGUAUUGAAUCAAAAAUAUUGCCUAAAUCGCACUCACAAGAUAAUGAAGAAUCUGACAAUGAUACUCUUAUCCACAUUAAAUACUCUGAUCCAGUUGUCACCAUUGGUGAUGGAACUAGUGUUUUAAAUAAUAUUCCCGAGUUCAUAUCAGUGAAUUCAACCAUCUCUCAAAGACCUUCAAUUGAUGCAUACUCUGAAGCUGAAAAAUUAUUCUCACAACUAAAGAACGCAAAAGAUGAGAUCGAUCGUAUACUAUAUUCGCAAAACGUAUAUGCUGUGGGUCCUGACUUUCAGAAUGAUUAUUCCAUACCAUGCAUCACUUGUUGGGUCGCUAAGCCCCUCGAAUUAUCAGUCAUGAAACAGCUUUCUGAUUUGUUUGAUAAUAAAUUUGACAUCGUAUACAAUUUAGUAGAUGCUGUAGACAUAAACAAUGGUUGUAACGAUCAUGAUGAAAGUUCGAAUGAAACAUCAAAUGGAAAUGAUAAUGCUAGUAAUGUCAAUAAUUCUUCAAAAAUUAAAAAAAAUUCGGAGGGAAAUGAAAAAAACGUCGACAGUCCUAAAGAAGGUGAUGGUAAUGAUGGUGAUGGUCAUGACGGCGACAGUGAUGAUGAUGAUGGUCAUGACGGCGACAAUAAUGAUGACGAUGGUCAUGACGGCGACAUCAUUAAAAUUUCAUCUAAUGGCAAAGUCGUAACCGAAGACAAAAAAUCCCAAUGUUUUAACAUUACUGUCCAUCUAUGGGCAAGCAUAAAUAUUGACUCUGAAUAUAAAAAUAAAAAAACCUUGGAAUUUAAGGUUUAUUUGAAAAAUUGCAGCGUGGAAAAACUUCUUAGCGAUCAAAGUUCAUUGCUUAACGGGUUUGUUUGUUAUUAUCUUGAUUCGUUGGAAGUCAGUGUCUUUCCAAAAAAAAAUUCAUCUAAAUCUAAGUCAAAUAAUGAACCACCUAAGCUUAAUGCUAAUGAUGAAUCACUUGAAUCUGAUGAUGAGAUAUUUGAGUCCGAUGAUGAAAUUCCCAUGAUUAUGUUGAAGGAAAACCAUACCCCAUCUAAAGCCAAUAAUUCUAUAAACAUUUCAAAAGCAAACCAGAGUGAUAACAGUGCUCAAAUAGAUGUGGGGCAAAGUAAUAAAGUAUCAUAUCGCCACGCUAAAGUAAAGAAUCAAAGUUUUACAACAACAUUAAAUGAAUGGCACAUGGAUGAUACAUACGGUUCGACUAAUGGUGUGCAAUGGCCAUAUCAAUUUAUUGGUGGAGAUGUAUUCAGUGCUGGAGACCAUAGGAAAAGCAUUCGUAUAGACGAAUCCCAUUGUGGUCAUUGGUAUAUUUCAAAAGAUGUAGGAGGUUUUUGCAUCACUAUUAUACAAGUACUUGGUUGUAAUGAAAAACGAAAUAUUUUCAGAAGACUAACUUCUAAGACUCCAGAACUAAUAAAACAAUAUCCUAAGCUUGUUCACAAACUUGAGAUCACCUUUAAUGAUAUCGCAAACUUCAAUAGUGACUUUGCAAUCCUAGCAGAAAAGUUAUACAAUAGACCAUAUCUCACACUAAAAAAGCCAAUUCAUAUCCGAAAAAAGAAUAAUGCUGAGUUCAAGGGCGAUUUAUCAGCUAAGAAAA